UAGGUGGCGGUAUGCACCAAUGAGAUGUGAUCCGCCAAUAAAGUAAAGAAGAAGAAGAAGACGCAGUUGUUAAUAACAUUAGCGCGAUGGACUCCAACGAUACAGGUCGAGGGGGUUGGAAAUCUCAUCCGAACAGUAAGCUGACUGUGAUCAUGAAGCAGGAGGAGCUGAUCGCUCAGAAGAAAAGAGAGAUAGAGGCCAAGCUGAAAGAAAAGAGGUCAAUCCCAAGCCAAAAUAAACCUAUCAGUUCUCCUCCGCCAGAGGCAUCUUCAUCAUCAUCAUCAAAUAAGUUUGUGAAUGAUGGCAGUUUCUUGCAGCAGUUCCUGAAGCUGCAGAAGGAAAAAUCCAGCACAGACGCAGGAUCCCAAAGUGACCCGCAUGUCCCCUCCCCCAGCAAUCAGGGCCAAUCACCAAAUGCAACACAGGCACAGAAAAAGAGCAUCCUCAUCGGGAAACGUCCGGGUUUGGGCCUCAGCAGCAUGAUCAAUCAGUUCAAGAACUAUUCCCAGUCCAAACAAUCGACACUCCUGGGAAUCCGUCCAAGUGUAUUCAGCUCACCGGAUGAUGAAGAUGAUGAGCAGGAUGAUGAAAACUAUCUGGAGGUCAAAGUUUCCCCCCCAGAGGAUGAAGACCUCUACCUCAUCAUCAAUAAGAUGGCCUCGUUUGUCGCUGAAGGAGGCAGAGAGCUGGAGAAGAAGGCCAUGGAGGACUACAAGGACAAUCCUGUCUUCUCGUUCUUGUUUAAUAAGGACACUAAGGACCAUCUGUACUACAAAAAGAGAGUUGCUGAAAUCAGACGAGAUCAGUCUGCGCAGUCAGAUGUCUCCUCCUCAGUGGACGAAAGCACCAGGAAGGUGGCGGAGAAAUUGGCGCGCUUUGUGGCCGACGGCGGUCCAGAGGCGGAGAUCAUGGCUGCUCAACAACACCGAGACAACCCAGCCUUCAAUUUUUUGUACGAGUAUCAGAGUGCAGCGCAUCGUUUCUACAAGGCUAAAGUGGAUGAGUUCCGGCAAGCAGCAAGCGCCUCGGAGUCACAGGCGUCCAGUCGCCCUGCGGCCGCUCAGCAGCCCGCAGCCAAGAGGAAGAGGAAGAGCAGGUGGGGAGCUGAAGAUGAUAAAGUCCAGCUGCCCAUUACUGCAGUCAUCAGUCCUCAGAUCUCAGUGGCUGAAAGCAGCUCUCCUGCACUAUCUGAACAGGAGCUCAACAGUCUGGGGUAUAAGAAGGGAAAGCCAGUGGGUCUGGUGGGUGUGACUGAACUAUCAGAUGAGCAGAAGAAACAGCUUAAAGAGCAACAGGAAAUGCAGGAGAUGUACGACAUGAUUAUGAAGCACAAGCGAGCGAUGCAGGAUAUGCAGCUGUUGUGGGAGAAGGCCAUCAAGAACCAUCAGCACGAGUAUGACAGCGACGAGGAGCUUGAUCCAGAUGAUGGAACCUGGGAACACCGACUGCGACACAUGGAGAUGGAGAAGACCAGAGAGUGGGCGGAGCAGCUGACAGAGAUGGGAAAAGGAAAGCAUUUCAUUGGUGAUUUCCUGCCGCCUGAAGAGCUGGAGAAGUUCAUGGAGACGUUUAAAGCUCUGAAGGAGGGCAGAGAUCCAGACUACUCGGAGUACAAAGAGUUCAAGCUGACCGUGGAGAACAUCGGUUUCCAGAUGUUGAUGAAGAUGGGUUGGAAAGAAGGUGAAGGUUUGGGCUCGGAUGGCCAGGGAAUCAAGAACCCUGUUAACAAAGGCACUACAGCUGUGGAUGGCGCAGGGUUCGGUGUAGACCGACCGGCUGAACUGAGCAAAAGCGAUGAUGAAUAUGAUGCUUUCCGUAAGAGAAUGAUGCUGGCCUACCGCUUUAGACCGAAUCCUCUGAAUAAUCCAAGGAGGCCGUAUUAUUGAACGCAGCAGCCAGACCACCGAACACAACAACAUCUCCUCCGGACUAUCACUUUGACUUGGUCACUUUCCUCUAACAGCCUGAAUGAAGUGCUUUAUUUCACCAAAUGUCACCAUUUUACUUUUCCUGAUUGAAAAAUUUUAAAAUAAGAGGUUGAAUGUGGUUGUUCCAGACCCAAGACUGUGUCUCUUUUCUUUAAAUACGUUGCUUUUCUUAAAGUAUGUAGUUUCACAAUCCUCCAAUCUGUUGUAUAAUAUUAAACCAUUUUAUGUCUUGUUUUAUCUAUGAGCACAGAUGGCUAAUGAAAACUUUUAAAUAAAAAAAAGUGUUCGGUUUACUGUAGGUCUGUUACAGUUUGGAAAUUAAACUCUUAAGAUCAUCAGCAACUGCAUUGUCACUUACUGUUGAUCUAUUAAAUGUCUGAUUCUUCA